AUGGGAGGCCAGGUCUCAAAACUCAUGGGCAAGAUCUUUGGAUCAAAGGAGAUGAGAUUACUUAUGCUCGGAUUAGAUGCUGCUGGGAAAACAACCAUCCUCUAUAAGCUCAAGCUCAACCAAGAUGUCACCACAAUUCCAACCGUUGGCUUCAACGUCGAGACCGUGACGUACAAGAACGUCAAAUUCAACGUAUGGGAUGUAGGCGGUCAGGACAAGAUCAGGCCGCUAUGGAGGCAUUACUUCUCAGGCACACAAGGACUUAUUUUCGUCAUUGACUCGAAUGACCGCGCCCGUAUCGACGAAGCCCGACAGGAAUUGCACAGAAUCAUUCUCGAUCGCGAGAUGAAGGAGGCUCUCCUAUUAGUAUUUGCCAAUAAACAGGAUAUCCCCGGAGCUAUGAGCCCACAAGAAGUCACGGAAAAACUCCAACUUUCUCAACUCAAGGACAGGAUAUGGUACGUCGUACCGACCUGUGCUACUACAGGAGAAGGAUUAUUUGAAGGACUGGAUCACCUAAAACUACUAAAUAAAUAAAGUAACGAGACCUAAUGAUGCCCCGGAGGGAGAAGAUCGCUGCUUAACCACAUAAUAAGCCCCGUUCUUCUCGAUUUUUUUUAUUCUACUUCUCCUCCCCUUCUUUUUUCUUACGCGUACUUGUACCAACAGUACUUAAUAUAUACCU